AUGUUUCCCUACACGAUCCCCCUUCACUUGCAGGUGACCUGGUUUUCAGAUUUCCGGCGCUCAGACGUCUCCUACAAGGUGUGGGCAUUGGAGUGGAACCACUGGAUGGCCUUGGAGAUCAUACUGGUGGUGAUGAUUGGCCUCAGCUGCCUCUGGUUGAGCUACAUCUUGCUUUGGCUCGAUGACUUCUUUUUGGCUUCCAUUGUCUUCUCUGGAUGCUGGAGACUUUUCUGGCCGAGGACAUGGAUCCUAAUGCGGUACAAGAUCCAAGCAUCGCUGAAGCAAGGCUAUUGGGAAGAUAGUCUGGCUCUCCUCCGUUCGCGCGCGAGCGGCUCUGUGUCGCUGAUGUACCUUCUGGUUUGUGUCUCACGAUUUCCUGCUUUGGCCACGAGUUGCGGACGCUAUAUCUUCCCUGGCGUCUGUGGCAUUCUGAUCUGCACAUUCGCGCUGGCAAGGCAGCUGUGCCUACGAGACCGCAUCGAUGGCUACAGGUUUGACAGUGUACAGAGGAGUCCUGACGCAAUCCGACGCUAUCGCGACGGCUGCUUUGAAGGAUGGAUGGGCAUCCU